AUGCCGCGGGUAUGCCUUAUUUUUGCAGCCAAAAACACUCGCUCCCCUUCCCAAUACUUCGAUUGCAAUGGGAAAGCUUUCCGACCUACCUUGAAGCCUACUCCCAACUUCGAUGUGAACGCCGACGUCGAGGUGCUCUGCAAGUCCAUGCGCUGUUGGGGCACCGAUGAGGAUGCAAUCAUUAAAAUCUUGGGAAGGAGGACAAGUGAAGAGCGUCUCCAGAUUGUAGGCCUUUACAAGCAAAAAUACGGUCGUGAGCUUGCACAUGACCUGGACGGUGAUUUGAACGGUUACUUCAGGGAUUGCGCCAUCCUUUUAACCGAGGAUCCAAUCUACCUGAUGGCGAAGUCUCUCUACUACGCAAUGAAGGGCGUUGGCACCAACGAGAAUACCCUCAUUGAAAUCCUUGUAGGCUGCACGAAUGAGGAAAUAAAUAAGCUUAAACAGUCCUACAUCUACGUUUUACGUGACAAAGGAAUUAAAGAUCCAAAACGCACUUUGGAGACUGACAUUCGCUCUGAGACAACAGGCUACUUCUGCAAAAUGCUACUGCAGAUUCUGAAGGGUGACAUUCCCGAUCCAACAGCAGACCAACUCCGCACCAUUCAGCAAAAGGGUGGCGACGUAAUGGUCAACCAGGGUGAGGUCACUAAGGCCGUCAAGCAAAUUGUGGAGGCUCUGGGAAAACCGAAGAAUUCAACGGGUUCCCUCCUUUUGAGCGCGUUCCAGCACAAAAAUGUUUGGGAACUGGCAGCUAUGGACAAGGAGUACAAAAAGGUGAGUGGAAAAAGCCUUCUUCCAGCCCUCUCAGAGGCUGUGGAGGGAGAAUUCGGCGCGCUGCUCAUGGCCAUGGUUCAACACGCUACCGACAGAUCGAAGUUCUAUUCGGAGGCUCUCUACCAAGCCAUGGUGGGUCAAGGCACCCACGACUUUCUGCUCAUGAGAAUCGAUUUGCUGGACAUUAAGGAGACGUUUGAUAAGGACCACAAGAGCUUGGUUGAAUGGAUCAAGGGUGAAACCUCGGGCUUCUAUGAACAACUACUGCUUGCACUGCUGAAUGCAUCCUGA